CCUAACUCAUUUUUCUCAAUUGUUACGGAGGGAGCACAUGUUAUCGGGUGGAACAGUAGAAGUAAAAGGAGGGUUUCCAAUAAAUGGUGUUAAUUUUUGACUUGCAAAAAAUCGAUCAUUGAUCUUUCGUUGUUUUUCCUAUUUCUGAAUUGAGAAAUAGGUAAGACUUAUAUCAGAUCUUUGGUAGAUAAAUAAACCCGAGAAACUCAAAGUUGUGAAUAGCAAUAGCAAAAGGCAAAAAUGAACGUCGGGCCAUCUGGUUUCAAUAAUGCACCAGUGACAAGAGCAUUGGUAAUUGCGUGUACGCUUUUUACCAUUAUAUUUGGUGUAAGAGGUCGUGGGAAUCAGCUGGGAUGGUCUUAUCAGGAUAUCUUCCAGAAGCUUCAAAUCUGGAAGCUGAUCAUAUCUGUUUUUACUUUUUCAUCUACCCCUGAGCUAAUAUUCGGAUUAUAUCUGCUGUACUACUUCCGUGUCUUCGAGAGGCAAAUCGGUUCGAACAAAUAUUCUGUUUUCCUGCUGUUCUCUUUUUUAGUCUCUUUAUUGCUUGAGGUUCUUGCUCUGCAACUUAUUAAAGAUCCUUCCUUGAGUAUCCUGUCUGGGCCCUACGGACUAAUUUUUUCUUCAUUUGUGCCCUUUUAUCUCGACAUUCCGGUUUCUACCCGGUUCCGCAUAUUCAGUCUCCAUUUCUCUGACAAGAGUUUUAUUUAUUUAGCUGGUCUACAGCUUCUUUUCUCAUCCUGGAAAAGAUCUAUUGUACCUGGGCUCUGUGGAAUAAUUGCAGGUUGCUUGUAUCGUUUGAACGUCUUCCGCAUUAGGAGAGUGAAGUUCCCAGAGUUUAUUGCAUCCUUCUUUGCUCGACUUUCUUGGCCAUCGAUUGGUAACAUUCCACCGCCUUCAGCUCCAGCAAGAAACGCUCCAGGAAAUGUACCAGUCUUUGCGGGUCGCCAAAUGGAGCUUUUCCGUCAUAUUUCAGGCGAAUUACCCAGCUCCAGUUUUAUCCGCCCCGGAGCCACCCGAAGAUGCUAUUGCUAUGCUGGUGUCGAUGGGCUUUGAUAGGAGCUCGGCAAGGCAGGCACUCAUCCAUUCACGAAAUGAUGUUAAUAUAGCCACAAACGUCCUCCUUGAGUCACAAUCGCACUGAGAUGGAAACUUACACCAGUUCCUGGAGGUGUUCACAAUUUGGAAUUUUCAGGGAAUAGUUGGAUUUACUUUCUCUCCCAUCUUUAAAGGCGCUCUUCGGUUUUUGUUUCUCCGUUCCUUUAGCAUUUCAUGCACUUGUCUCAUUCGAAAGCCACCCUAAUUGAUUGUAUUCCCUGGAUAGCAUAUACGGGGGUGUUCAAAUGCGUCACUUAUAGGUUAUGUAUAGUUGCAAUGAUGAGCUCUUACUGGUAUUCUGGUGAUUGUAAAUCUGACCAGAUUACUCGCACCGAUAGGUUGAAUAUAGUUUCUCGCUCCUUCGAAAUCCUGAA